AAGUUGACAUUUAGUAAACUUGACGUUGACAGUGCGUAGCUUCGUGUGGACCGAUUUGAACGUGUCCAUGUAUAUUGUUUCUAAAUAAUAUAUUACUAUUAUAUUAGAUCUCUAACUUUAUAAUAAUUUACAUAAGUUAAAUUUCUUCAGUAAUCUCAAUAAUUUGUAAGAAACUCAAGAUGAUCAACGGACGUGCUUUACAUUUCGUGUUCAAAGUCGCCGACAGGACUCUGACUGCAAAGUUCUACAGAGAGAUUCUGGGAAUGAAGGUCUUAAGACAUGAAGAGUUCAGUGAAGGAUGUGAAGCUGCCUGCAAUGGGCCUUACGCAAACCGAUGGAGCAAGACAAUGGUUGGUUAUGGACCAGAAGACUCGCACUUUGUUGUGGAGCUGACAUACAACUAUGGUAUCACACACUAUGAACAAGGAAAUGACUUCAUCGGUCUCACAGUUCAGUCCAGUGAGAGUCUAAAGAGAGCUGCAGCCAACAACUGGCCAGUGAAGGAGCAGAAUGGUCAAAAGUAUCUUGAAGCUCCCGGUGGCUACAAGUUCUUCAUUGUUGACAAACCCCAGCCAGUCGAUAGAGAUCCAGUUGUGAAGGUGUCACUCGCCAGCUCAAACUUGGAGAAAUCCAUCGCCUACUGGAACGGUCUGCUUAGUCUGAAGAUCUUUGAGAAAACUACAAAAACUGUCACUCUGGGCUUCGGCGGAGACCAGGCAAAAUUAGAAUUAGUUGACAUCGGUGAGCCGGUGAACCGCGCUAAGGCAUACGGUCGUAUCGCUUUCUCGUGUCCAUUCGACGAGCAGCCAAUCAUCGACCAGAAGAUCCAGGCGGCCAAGGGCACCAUCCUCACGCCCCUGAUAUCGCUGGACACGCCCGGCAAGGCUACUGUCAGAGUCAUCAUCCUAGCCGACCCCGACGGCCACGAGAUCUGCUUUGUGGACGACGAGAGCUUCCGACAGCUGUCGCAGGUGGACCCCGCCAGCGACGCCGACCUCGACAAGUUCAUCAAAUCAGACAAGUCCCGGGCAUAAAUACACCUUCCAUCCGUUUCUUAGCUAUCGGGCAGGGGUACAACAUAUUAUUCUCUUAUAUUAUUUCUUCUCGUACUUAAGUUAUUUUCCGCUUAGCGUCACAAGAUACGAAUUUAUGAAUUCUAUGUUGUAUACUAUGUAUGCAAACGCUCAUACUCAUUGUUCUGCAUAUAAGAAUGAUAACAAAUAUUGUACAAGUUUUGUCGGCUUCUUACAAUGUAAGGAUAAGUAAAUUAUUUAUUAAAAUUUAAACCUUAUGUGGUAACAUCAAAGCUCAUUGCUGUAUGACAAGUACAAUUUGAAUAGCCACUUCAUUGUUGUGAUAAGUCUGUGUUAAGAUAUCUCUCUUCAGAAUAGUUUAGCAUUCCGUGUUGUUUUAAGUGGCUCUAUAAGUAUUAUUGUGAAUUAUGUUAAACAUUGUUGUAAAGUAAUAAGAAUAUUAUUGUUUAUUGUACAAUUGUACAUGUUUAUCAUCUAUUGUUGUUCCAACUACACAGCAAUAUGUUAACUAAGUAAUAAGAAUAUAUCGUUUAAAUCA